CGUUUGAAAGCAAAGAUUUGACCUGUCUGCUUCUUGGAGCUGCAAGCUCUCAGCUCACCAUCACCAGCAUCAGCUGUUUGAAUCUACUUGAUAGUUUAUAUUUAUUUUAACAAUCGAAGGUUGCAGAGCGGUAUUGAACAUGGCGGCCUACAAAUUAGUGCUGAUUCGCCACGGAGAGAGCAACUGGAACCAGGAGAAUCGUUUCUGCGGCUGGUUCGAUGCAGAUUUGAGCGAAACCGGGGAGAAGGAGGCGAAGAGAGGAGGACAGGCUCUUAAAGAUGCUGGUUUUGAGUUUGAUCUCUGCUACACCUCGGUAUUGAAGCGGGCCAUCAGGACCUUAUGGCUCGUCUUGGACGGCAUUGAUCAAAUGUGGGUGCCAGUCCAUCGGACCUGGCGGCUCAAUGAGCGCCAUUAUGGAGGCCUAACUGGACUCAACAAAGCUGAGACAGCUGCUAAGCACGGAGAGGCCCAAGUGAAAAUCUGGAGGCGCUCAUUUGACAUCCCUCCUCCCCCCAUGGACCCAGACCAUGACUACUACACUAUCAUCAGCAAGGAUCGUCGCUAUGCAGACCUAACCGAGGACCAGCUGCCAUCCUGCGAGAGCCUGAAGGACACCAUUGCACGUGCACUGCCUUUCUGGAAUGAGGAGAUUGCCCCUCAGAUCAAACAGGGGAAACGGGUGCUAAUUGCUGCCCAUGGAAAUAGUUUGAGGGGGAUUGUCAAGCACUUGGAGGGAAUGUCAGAUGAAGCCAUCAUGGAGCUGAACCUGCCAACUGGCAUCCCGAUCCUCUAUGAGCUCGACAAGAACCUGAAGCCAGUGAAGCCCAUGCAGUUUCUGGGAGACGAGGAGACUGUACGCAAAGCCAUGGAGGCUGUCGCUGCUCAAGGAAAAGCCAAGAAGUAACAAGAGAGAAAUGAAUAAAUAAAUAACAAGCAUAAUAGUCUUAUUUAGUGUGAAGAUAUACUGUAAGUCAUCCCUGAAAGCUGACCUCAGAUUAGUGUGUUUCCCAAAUGCUAAUAUGUUUCAGGUUCUACGGUAUGAACAAAAUGUUGUAGAUUGUUCUUCUGGCUUCAUGCAGGGCAAGUCACUGAUGUGGAUGGAUAUAUUUCAGAGAAAUCGAAACCACAGCUCUCGAGAGAUUGAAAAAAUUAUAACCUUAAGUAAUAUUUAUUAGGAAAUGUCAAAGGUUGUAGCAAAACAUAAUGACUUAAACGAAACUUUAAUGUUUCCAUAAGCCAGAAGCUCAUAAGAUUUUAGUUUCGUUUUUGAUGCUCAACAUGUAUAGUAUGUUUGCAACAAAUAAGAACGUGCAUACAUACUCCAUCCAUCCAUUUUCUUUCACCCUUGUCCCUCAGUGGGGUCGGGAGGGUUGCUGGUGCCCAUCUCCAGCUAAC